AUGAAGACCGACUUCAAGUUCUCGAACUUGCUGGGCACCGUCUACUGCCAGGGCAACCUGCUCUUCAGCCCUGAUGGCACCCAUCUCUUCUCGCCUGUCGGCAACCGGGUGACUGUCUUCAACCUGGUCGAGAACAAAUCGUACACGCUGCCCUUUGCGCAUCGCAAGAACAUCUCUCGGCUCGGUCUGACACCCCGCGGCAACAUCCUCCUCACCGUCGACGAAGAUGGCCAUGCGAUCCUCACCAACGUCCCCCGCCGGAUAGCCAUCUACCACUUCUCUUUCCGAUCGCAGGUCACGGCGCUCGCAUUCUCCCCCUCGGGCAAGCACUUUGCCGUUGGACUCGGUCGCAAGAUUGAGGUCUGGCAUGUCCCCUCAACACCAGACUCGAACGCCGACGGGGAGCUCGACUUUGCUCCUUUCGUCCGGCACCACACGCACACUGGACACUUCGACAUAGUACGGCACAUUGAAUGGUCGAGCGACUCUAGGUUCUUCCUCACAGCCUCUAGGGAUCUGACGGCAAGGAUAUGGAGCCUGCACCCCGAGGAGGGCUUCGUGCCGACGGUGCUCUCGGGACAUAAGCAAGCGGUCGUCGGCGCUUGGUUUACCGAGGAUCAGGAGGCUAUAUACACCGUGAGCAAGGAUGGCGCCGUCUUCGAAUGGCGCUACGCCAAGCCCAUCAAUCGCGUCGAGGACGGAGACAAGAUGCGCGAUGAAGACGACGAAUCCGACAUGCGGUGGAGGAUCGUCCAGAAACACUACUUCAUGCAGGGAAGCGCCAACGUCAAGUGCGCCGCCUUCCACCCAGAGUCGAACCUCCUGGUGGCUGGCUUCUCAAACGGCAUCUUCGGCCUGUACGAGAUGCCCGACUUUAACAACAUUCACAAGCUGAGCAUCUCACAAAACGACAUUGACUUUGUCACAAUCAACAAGAGCGGCGAGUGGCUGGCUUUCGGCGCCUCGAAGCUCGGGCAGCUGCUUGUGUGGGAAUGGCAGUCCGAAUCCUAUAUCCUCAAGCAGCAGGGCCAUUUUGACUCGAUGAACUCGCUUGUUUACGCGCCAGACGGCCAAAGGAUCAUCACCACCGCCGAUGAUGGCAAGAUCAAAGUCUGGGACAUCGAGUCCGGAUUCUGCAUCGUCACAUUCACAGAGCACACCAGCGGCGUGACGGCCUGCGAGUUUGCCAAGAAAGGAAACGUGCUCUUCACAGCCAGUCUAGACGGCUCGAUACGCGCGUGGGAUCUCAUCCGUUAUCGAAACUUUCGCACAUUCACGGCGCCCACGCGGCUAUCAUUCUCCUGCAUGUCCGUUGACCCGAGCGGUGAGGUUGUGGCGGCGGGCUCGUUGGACUCCUUCGACAUCCACAUCUGGUCUGUCCAGACCGGCCAGCUGCUGGACCAGCUGUCGGGGCACGAGGGCCCCGUGUCCGCGUUGGCAUUCUCGCCCAACGGCAACUCGCUCAUCAGUGGUAGUUGGGACCGCACUGCGCGGAUCUGGUCCAUCUUCAACCGGACUCAAACGAGCGAGCCGCUGCAACUGCAAGCGGAUGUCCUGGAUAUCGCUGUGCGGCCCGACUCACUCCAGCUGGCCAUCUCCACACUGGAUGGGCAGCUCACGUUCUGGUCGCUCGCCGACGCGGAGCAAGUGGCCGGGCUGGACGGGCGUCGUGACGUAUCUGGCGGCCGCAAGUUCACAGACCGGAGGACAGCAGCCAACGUCUCGGGCACCAAGAGCUUCAACUCGAUCCGGUACAGCAUGGACGGGAGCUGUCUGCUAGCCGGUGGAAACAGCAAGUACAUUUGCCUGUACUCGGUGACGACCAUGGUGCUGCUCAAGAAGUUCACCGUCAGCGUGAACCUGUCCCUGUCGGGAACGCAAGAGUUUCUCAACAGCAAUAGGCUGACGGAAGCCGGGCCCAUGGACGAGCUGGACGACCAGGGUGAGGCUUCUGAUCGCGAGGACCGUAUCGACAACACGCUGCCUGGCUCAAAGCGCGGAGACCCGUCCGCCCGGAAGAAGCUGCCGGCAGUUCGGGUGAGGGGCAUUGGCUUCUCUCCCUCCGGCUCCUCCUUUUGCGCUGCCUCCACAGAGGGUCUUCUCAUCUACAGCCUAGACACCACGCUGCAGUUUGACCCGUUCGAUCUCAACAUGGAGAUUACUCCCGCGUCCACCCUCAACGUCCUCGAGACGGAGCGCGACUACCUCAAGGCGCUGGUCAUGGCCUUCCGCCUCAACGAAGCCAGCCUCAUCAAGCGCGUGUUCCUCGCCGUCCCGCCGUCGGACAUUUCCCUCGUGGUGGCCGACGUGCCAACCGUGUACGUGUCGCGGCUGCUGCGCUUCGUCGCCGCCCAGACGGAGGAGUCGCCGCACAUGGAGUUUUGCCUGCUGUGGAUCAAGGCCCUCGUCGACAAGCACGGCGCCUGGCUGACGGCCAACCGCGGCAAGGUCGACGUCGAGCUGCGCGUCGUGUCCCGCGCCGUGGCCAAGAUGCGCGACGAGAUCCGCAGGCUCGCCGACGAGAACGUCUACAUGGUGGACUACCUCCUGGCGCAGCCGGGCAAGGACGCCAAGAGCGAUGCUGCAGGGCAGGGGCUCCUCCAGUCUCGAGCGGAUGAGGCGAUGAUCGAUUUUGGUGCCAACGGCAACGCUGGCUCCGGCGGGGAGUCGGACGACGACGACGAGUGGAUUGGGUUAGAGUAA